AUGUACAAGGGUUUACAAGCGCGAAUUCGCGAAAUCAAUGGUUUAGCUAUUUAUGCUCCAUGUGGUGUUCACUCUUUGAAUUUGGUAGGAGUUCAUGCAGUGGAAAGUUGUUCAGGAGCAGUUUUAUUUUUUAACGUGCUUCAAACAUUGUACAAUUUCUUCACAGUGUCUACACAUCGAUGGGAAAUUUUAAGGUCCACUGAAAAAACUAAAUCAAUCACAUUAGCAUCUUUGUCCACUACUAGAUGGUCUGCUCGUGAUGACGCAGUUGAGGUUUUGAAUCAAUAUUUUCAGGACAUAGUUGAGAUUUUAAAGACGAUAGAAAAAACUGAUGCGGAAAAUGGAAUCACCAAACAGGAAGCUAAAGGCAUUCGUGAACAAUUGGAAAAACUGGAGGUUGCUUUUAUGCUGGUUUUGUGGUCUUUUUUGCUUUCAAGAAUCAUCGGUGUCAGUCAGAAAUUGCAAAAAGUUGACAUUAGCAUUGCUGAGGUUAUCGGUCAGUACCGUGGGCUCAUAAAAAUGGUUGCUUACACUCGGAAUGAAUUUGAUAGUUUUGAACGAAAAGUACUCCAAAUAUCCGCAACUCAUUUGUAUGAGUCAGAUUUUUCCCGGAAAAAAAUAAGAAAACUACGUGUCGACGAAACAAGAGAUAGUGAAGUUCAAUUUUCGGGUCGGGACGUGUUUAGAGUUAAUACUUUCAACGUCAUUUUAGAUAAGUUGUCAACUGAACUAGACGAAAGAUGUGCAAAAUAA